GCUUCCUAAUCUCUCACAUUCGACGUCCCAUGCCAAGCAGCAGUCAACCUGCAGUCAACCACGUGUUUUCUGCGAAGGAAGACGCGAAUCAACACUUUAGUUUUUUCUUAGAUUCCUUCCGCAUUGUUCCGCGUCGUUGAAAAUGAAGUAUAUCCUCGUGACUGGUGGUGUGAUAAGUGGAGUUGGCAAAGGUGUGAUUGCUAGUAGCUUUGGCACCAUUCUUAAAUCAUGCGGCAUCCAUGUAACUUCCAUUAAGAUCGACCCCUAUAUCAAUAUCGACGCUGGCACGUUUUCCCCUUACGAACAUGGUGAAGUCUAUGUUCUCGACGAUGGUGGUGAAGUCGACCUUGAUCUUGGCAACUACGAGAGAUUCCUUGAUGUUGUUCUUCACAAGGAUAAUAACAUAACUACGGGAAAAAUCUAUGAACAUGUGAUCAAGAAAGAACGUAAGGGUGAUUAUUUAGGCAAAACAGUCCAAGUGGUGCCACACAUAACUGAUGCAAUUCAAGAAUGGGUUGAAAGAGUUGCCAAGCAGCCAGUGACCACUGAUGGAAAAGUACCAGAAGUCUGCAUAAUAGAAUUAGGAGGAACCAUAGGUGACAUAGAAGGAAUGCCGUUUGUGGAAGCUUUUCGUCAAUUUCAAUUUAGAGUUAAGAGAGAAAACUUCUGUGUAGCUCAUGUCUCACUUGUGCCAUCUCCAAAAGCAACAGGAGAACCAAAAACAAAACCUACACAAUCAAGUGUCAGAGAAUUAAGAGGUCUAGGUCUAUCUCCAGAUCUUAUCAUUUGUAGAUCUGAAAAACCAAUCAAUGAUCAAAUUAAAGAUAAGAUCUCCAAUUUCUGUCAUGUUGGACCUGAACAAGUCAUUACCAUUCAUGAUCUUUCUUCCAUUUACCGAGUUCCUCUCUUGAUGGAGAGUCAGGGUAUUAUAGAAUUCUUGGAUGACAGACUUAAGUUAAAUAUUAUAUUACCUCUCCCUGUGACGUACAUGAACACAUGGAGAAAUCUUGCUGAGCGUGUUGAUCAGUUAUAUAAAGUUGUGACAAUUGGCUUAGUUGGCAAAUAUACCAAACUAGAAGAUGCAUAUGCUUCUGUAAUAAAAUCCUUACAACAUGCCUCAAUCAAAGCAAGUUAUAAAUUGGAUUUAAAAUUCAUUGAUGCAGUGAAUUUAGAACCAGAAACAAAGAAUAUAGAUGCAGUUGCAUAUCACGAAGCAUGGCGAGAACUUUGUAGCGUUGAUGGUAUUAUAGUUCCAGGGGGCUUUGGCCAGAGAGGAAUCAAUGGAAUGAUUGAAGCUUGCAAAUGGUGUAGAGAACAUAAUAAACCUCUACUAGGCAUUUGUUUAGGUCUUCAAGUUGCAGUCAUAGAAUAUGCUAGAAAUGUAUUAAAUUUAGAGGAUGCCAAUAGUAUAGAGUUUGAUCGAGACUGUAAAAAUCCAGUAGUUAUUGAUAUGCCAGAACAUAAUCAAGGUCAUAUGGGUGGUACCAUGAGAUUGGGUAAGAGACCAACAAGAUUUGUCAGCCCAAAUUCCAUUCUAAAACAAUUAUAUGGAAAUUCAUCAAUUAUUUAUGAGAGACAUAGACACAGGUAUGAAGUCAAUCCAAAAUAUAUCACAGACUUAGAGGCAUCAGGCCUGAAAUUUGUUGGCCAUGACGAAGAAAAUAUUCGAAUGGAAAUAAUAGAACUGGAAAAUCAUAACUAUUAUGUUGGAACUCAAUUUCAUCCUGAAUAUUUGACAAGGCCAAUGGUGCCCUCACCUCCAUUCUUAGGUUUGAUUUUAGCUAGUGUAGGAAAAUUGAAGCCUUACUUAGAAAAAGGUUGUAAUUUGUCACCAUCACAAUUGAGUGACAAUGAUUCAGAUGAAGGAUCUACAAUAGAAUUUGUAAAACAAAAUCCACAAUUGAUUGUGCCUACAAAAACAUCAAUAGUAGUAAAAAAGUAGAGAUAGAAUAAGUAGGACUAAUUGUUUUUAUAUUUUUUUAUUACUACAGUGUGUUUAGUUACAUUUUAUAUUUUAUUAUCGUACAUUUAAAAUUUUGAAAAUGCAGUUAGAUAGUUUGAAACAUUUUUUAAAUAAACUAUUUUGUGAUAAAUCAAGAAUUUUAUACUACUUUUUGAUAACUAUAAAAUAUCAAUCUACAGUGACAGUGUUAAUAUGUAUUUAUACAAAUAUAAAGAGUUUGACAUAUAAAUAUUUUAAGACCAAAUAUUUGUUUGACUAAAAGAAUUACAUUUUAUUACAAUUUUCAUAUAAAGCCAAGUACUUAUAAAA